CACACACACACACACACAAAUUUCUUUUUAAUUCAAUAUUUAAAAACAGCCAUCCCACAUAAGCAACUUUGAAGAGGCACGUGCAACUUGUUACGCAUGCGCUCUAUCUCCCAAUGAUUGGCUUGUGCUUGUACUUUCUACUUUCCUUAACAACGGUCACCCGGGAGACUAGCUUGGGAAGACGCCCACUGCGGAUUGGCUACCUCGGUCUUCAUCGCCGGUGGAGAACUACUAGAAGGGACAGGUCCGGGCAUUGCAGUGGUAGAGCUGGCUGUCCCAGAGCCCGGACGGGAGAGCGCUUGACAAGUGGCUCAGAAGGACAAAGAGAUGAUCAGCCCCCAGUCCAGCCAGAUCCUCGGAGUUAAGGUGCAGCCGGAAUCUGAACAGCUCCCCCAAAUGCAGCAGGAACUGGAGAGGUGUCCCAGCUCGGAGGGGUGAACUGGCCAUGAGGACUGAAAACAGACGUGAUGACUGAGUCUGCCGCAGAGGCCACCACAUCUGAGGAAGUGGCAGAAGAUCCUGGAGCCAACUUGUUCCCGCCGCCACUACCCCAGCCCCGGAUCUGUAUGUGGAAAUACCUGGACCUCCAUUCUAUGCACAGACUGGAGAAGGCAGCCACUGUGGAAGAGAUGAGAGAGGUGCUAGCUGAGCUUCUGGAGCUUGGCUAUCCUGAACAGAGCCUACGGGAUGCUAUCAUCUUGGACCUCUUUUCCUAUGUACUCAUCUUCUGCCGCCAGCAGGACUUUUCACUAGAGCAGACAUCAGCAGCUUGUGCCUUGCUCCAAGAUCUUCACAAGGCCUGUGUUGCCACCCCUUUGGGCAAUGUGGAGGAAUGUUACCGCUACUUUACCAGCGUUCUCUUUUGCCAUGGAGUCAGGCGGCCCCCGUUCAGCAUCGACCUCUUUAAGGAGGAGCAGCUGCUGGCACUGGCAGACUAUGUGGUCAACACCUACUUCCGCCACUUCAAGCUCUACAAAUACGUCUUCACACCCCAGGUUCGGCUGGACCUAUCUUUGACUUACAUGGGGCUACAGCUGCCUAAGCCAGAGGAGAAAGAGGGCGAGGAGGCAGUGGAACAAGCAGCUACUCCACAGGAGCAAGAACCAGAGACUGAGAUCCAGCCAGAGCAACAGCCAAGCGAGGUGUGCAUCCUUCAAACCUACAUUAAGACGCAGCUGAGCAAGGAGCUGAGGCUGCUGCAACAGCUGGUGGAGGAGCGGCUCAAGGAGAGCGAGGAAAGGCUGAGCAGCAAACUGGCUGCCCUGGAGCGGCCCUACCAGCCACCUCCCAGCAAAGGCAAGACCAAGACCAAGUGAUCCCCAGCAUCUUCUCCAAUAAAGACCUGGGCCAGAGCAUCCCAUCCCCCACCUUCAUGAGCACCUUCUGUGCUCCCCAUGCAACCAGACAGCGGACACGGGCACCGGCUCUCCCAGGCUUGUAGCAGUUUUAUUUCAGAUGCAGCACAGACAGCGAUGACCAGGCCUGGCACAACACUGGAAGAGGUUCCCUUCCAUCUCAGUCAGCCCCGAUCUCCAAGUCCAGGAUGAGUAGUAGUGGUAGCAGUCCAGUGAUAGCAGUGGUCGGCUUGGCAAGGCAGGGCUAAAGUCAGAGUCCCAACAGUCUGGAAUGAUAAAAAAAAAAAAAAAAAUCUCCUCCUGGAGAGUCCUGUUUUCUGGCUUGCCAGGGAUGAGGUUCUAGCCCAGCACCAGUGCAGCCUCGUCCUCUGUGAUAGUGUUGGAGUCCCCUUCUUCUUCAGUGGCCAAGGCGGGGAACGGCCUAGGAGGCUGGUGCUGGAAGAGGGCUGCCCGGUUCUGCUGCUCCCCCUUCUUCACCCAGUGCCCGUAGAGCCGGAAGGCACAGUUGUCAAUGAGGCGCCGCACUGACCUCAGUGCAUAGGGGUCUCUCAACAGUGCAUUCUUGGUCAGUGGCCGUAAGCGGUGUGUGCUCAGUGCCACUCGUCCAGCAGCCAGGAUUGUCCACACUGCCACCUGGGAAGAGGGACAGUAUUCACCCCAAUAGAGCAUCCGGCACAGGGUGAAGGGUGAGGCCCAGGUGCAGACCCCGCCACUCCUUACCCGGAACUUCUGGCGAGGUGUGAGGUUCCAGUGUUGGCUGCCUUCGCAGCGCUCAAAGAAAGGGUGCUGCAGGGCUUGCUCAGCUGUCAGACGCUCCUCAGGAUUCACCUGUAGCAGCUUUGAGAUCUAGAGAAACCUUACAGCAUGAGAGUCAGCUCUUGGGUCUUCCCUAGGGGCUCUCUUUCAUGGCCGCUACUCACCAGGUCCUUGACAGUGUUGGAGCGGUCAUCCCACUCGGGCGAACUAAACUGGUAUUGCCCUUCCAUGAUCAUACGCAGCAUCAGGAUUUGGCGCCGGUGCCAGAAUGGUGGCGAGCCAGCCAGAAGUGUGAACAAGAUCACCCCACAGGCCCAGCUGAGAAUGAGACCAUGGUUAGACUGGCCUAGGUAACAAGCAAGAAUGACACACAGAAGGGGGAGGGGAGGACAGAACUCACAGGUCGACUUCUUUGCCGUAGCCUGGGUGGGUUUCAUCCAUGGAGCAUUUAAGGAUCUCUGGUGCUAGAUACCCAGGAGUCCCACACAGCUCUAGGGAGAGAGGGAGAGAAUGCUGCUAGGUCCUUCUGGAGCCCUGCAUACCCGGGAGUCCCACACAGCUCUAGGGAGAGAGGGAAUGGUGCUAGACCCCUCUGGAGCCCUGCAUACCAGAGCCUUCUCAGUUCUGCCAGAGCACAAGUGCUCCCUAUCUGCUCCUGUGUUUCCUGUGGAGCUGCAGAGCAAGACCAUGACCCUAUCUAACCAGCUCACAUCCCCACCAAAGCUCACAGUGGCCUUCCUAGGAAUGCCCACCUUGGGAAUGACUGAGGUCUUACUCAGCCACAUCAUUUACCUCCUGAAGCCAAGUGACUCAUUCAUCAGGACAACUUGUGCCACGUUAUUAGAUACAUAAUACACGUGAAAAGUAAAAUUAAAAGUUUUGCUGCAUUACUUUCGGCCAAACCUAUUCUCCCUUUCCCAGGGUGCAUUCUGGUGAGCAGUACCACCAUUCAGACAAAGGAGAACAAAUAGAAAUUUGGGGUUCUUUUUGGGUCUCUUCAAUUUGAAAAGAUUUUUUUCUUCUAGUGCCUGGGUUUUCACACAUACUAAUCAAGUAUUCUACCACUAAGCUCCAUCCCCGGCCUGGAAUUUUUCUUUCCUUCAGACAGGAUCUCACUACGCAGCCUUGACUGGCUGGGAACUAAGUCAGACUCAGAUCUGCCUGCCUUUCCUCCCUGAGUGCUCGCGCUGAAGGAGUGUACCUCCAUGUUCAGCACAAGCCGGAAUUUCUUAAAGCAUAUAC